ACUUUUUAGAUUAAAAAUCUAUAUAAGUAGAUUGGCUGGUGGCUCAAGGGAAGGAUGAAUAUAUUUGGGAAGAAGCCAACACUGGAAGAGCAGAUGAAAGAGAAUGAUCGGUCUCUAAGAAGAGUAAACCGUGGAGUGACUCGGGACCGUAAUCAGCUGGAAAGGGAGGAGAAGAAACUGGAGGAUGAUAUCAGGAAAUCAGCAAAAGCAGGAAAUAAGGAAGCCCUUACAGUCCUUGCGAAGCAAUUGGUGCAAGUGAGGAAGCAAAAGACUCGGACCUUUGUUGCAAGCAGUAAGAUCUCAUCAGCUGGAGCCCAAGCAAGAGCAAUGCAUGCAAAUGUGAAGAUGGCUGGGGCAAUGGGAACUGCCACGAAAACAAUGUCCAAUGUUAACAAGCAGAUAAGCCCACAGGAUUUGGCCAGAACCAUGCAAGAAUUCACAAAAGAAUCUACCAAGAUGGACAUGAGUGAAGAGCUCAUCAAUGAUACCCUGGAUGACAUCUUGAAUGAGUCAGGAGAUGAGGAGGAAAGUGAUGCCAUUGUUACAAGAGUCUUAGAUGAAAUUGGCAUUGAAAUUUCUGGCAAGUUGGCGAAUGCACCCUCUGCCCACCGGGGAGCCCUGGAUGAAAAAUCCAAGACAAAAGUUACUGAUGAGGAUAUUGAGAAAGUGUUGGCCCAGCUGAGGACUCAUGAGUGAAAGAGAGCCACUAAAAUCAAUUAAAUUUGCCAGUGGAAACUUGUGAUCACGCUUAUGCUGAAUUAUGUCCUGUUUCAUUCCCUGAAGAUUCACUAAAUGCUAAAUGGCUUGGUUUUUUUUAUUAUUUCUUUUUCUCUCUUUUUUUCAAUAAAUAUAAUUUCAACUUUUGGAAGGGAGGC